UAAAGAGGAAAAUGAUUACUAUAACCGACAUCAUGAAUACCCCUGUGCUGAGUAUAAUGAAUACUUUAAGGUUCAUGGUAGAUAUCCCUCUACCAAGGAAGAAGAGGACGAGUGCUAUAAAGAGUACCAUCAUAUUGCCGUAUCUGAUUAUUAUAAGUCUUAUAAUAAAUACCCCACUCACGAGCAAGAAGACUUUUAUAAAGAGCACAAACAAUACCCCUCUCAUGCACAAGACGGUUACUUUAAAGAACAUAAUAAAUACCCCUAUACUGAGUAUAAUGAAUUUUAUAAGAAGCAUGGUAGAUAUCCCUCUACCAAGGAAGAAGAAUAUUCCAGCUAUGAAGAAUACCAUCAUAUUGCC